AGGAUAAAGGGCGUCUAAAUCUGUCGACUCGUGCAGAUGAGAGAUAUGUUCAGUUGUUUCACAGAUAUAUCUAGAGCUUCCACUCCGUCCUGAGAGAGACGCAUCGCCCACAUUGUCUGUUCACUUAUUAACGGUCUCCAGAUUUCGGGAAUGCAGAUGUUGCUCCUUUGUGUGCCUCGUUUCCGCACUGUCAUUAUUUCCGUUUCCACUCCGUGGAAAGUUAUGCCGAUUUGCAAAGAGUAGCUGUUUCACGGCGCAGAGCAGGAGCAUCUCCUCGGUGAAGUUUAUCUGGGAACGGAAGAGUUUGAUCGGCGUGAUCAUGGGGGACAUCGAGGCUCCGGAGAAUAACCGAUCACGACUCACCGCGCUGCAUUCUCUUCUCCCGAGUAAAGAGUUCAUCACCUCCCGAAAAGGACUGCUGCUGCUCGGAGAAGUGGUGAUGUCGUUCAUCAGUUUUGUCUGCUUCGCCGCUUCAACAGCAGCUGCCUUCGUCACAGCUCCCUUAAUCGAGUUCUUGGCUGCCGUCUUCUUGCUUUUUGCUUAUUCGACAAAGUUCAACGAGAGAUUUAAGGGCUUUCACUGGCCCCUCGUGGACUUCCUGCGCUGUGUCAGCGCUUCCAUCAUCUUUUUCAUCAUCUCCAUAAUGUCUGUGUCAAAGUAUGUGGAUGGAGCCUCAAAGGCUGCUGGGGUCUUUGGCUUCAUUACCACUAUAUUCUUCGCCCUGGACUUUUACUUCAUCUUUAAUGAACUGGCCAACUUCCUCAAGGGAGGCGAUUCCAGUGAAGGACCACCAAACACACAAGAUAAUGACUCAGACUCCGACUCCGAUUAAAGCUGUGAUCGUAUCCAAAGACCUGGUGUGUGACCACUACAGUGCCUGAUAACCAAAACUGCCUUCGGUGUAACCUUAUAUCGUGCGUUCAAAUUUAGCGUAUCUUUUUUGUGAGUAGAAUUACAGUAAGCAGUUUAUUUCAAAUGUUACAUCGCAGGAUAUUCAGUAAUCUUUGUAUAUACAUGCGUCCCUGCAAUCUAAAUCGAUUUUUCCCAAAGCUGUGAAUUAUUCCAGUGACACAGCUUCACAUCAGUCAAGCUAGAUGAAUGUUUUUAGAAGAAAGGGCAGUAUUGUAUCAUUUAUGACGUUUAUGUACUGCCUCUUACAGCUUAGGUGUACUUAUAGUACGAUUGUGUGUGUGUGUGUGUGUGUGUGUGUGGUCACUUUCAGAUUUUACAGUAUGUACGAGUCUUUCUUAUAUUUGGGAUCCGUGUGUGUAUGUUUACUAAUUAGAACUAUUCUGAGAGAAUAUUUUCUCGAAAGUUAUGUUCUCUUAAAUUGUCUUCAAAAAAAAAAAAAAAAAAAAAAAAAGAUGCAUGACUUGUGGUGAAGCCCUGCAUUGGGAACAAUAAUAUGUUUUAAUGUCUUGUAGCAACAAAAUAAGUUUACAUCUUAUAUGAAAUUAGUAGGUGAUCGGCUGGCCACAGUCACCCGUCUUACUUCCACAGGUCUACACAUUAGUCUUUUAAUGUUGAAGUGAAACCAAUGUCUUGCCAAAGUACUGCAAAAAAAAAGGCAGGAUGUGUUUUGUCUUGCUCACCUAGAGAUGUGCUAUUCUCUCUGCUAUUGACCCUGUAUUAUAAACGUGGGCUUCUCCUGGUUUACUAUAGUAUUCUCAGGCAUGCUGCAUGUAACCAAGUGUAAACCACCUUCUGGUGUUUCUGGGAAGAUUGGUUGUGUACUUUAAAGACUCUUUGCAAACAUGUCAAAUUGCCAUAUCAAUUAAAUAUGUCGGCCCA